GGGGCCGCGGCGUUGCCGGGCGACGGGCGGCCGCUGUCGCUCCCUCCCCGCUGCUCUCCCGUUCUCCCCGCGGCCCCGGCACGGCCGGCAGCAGGACAUGGUACAAUUAAAUAACACUAUGAGCACCUGUCAGUCAAGAUAAAUGAAGAUAAACAGCUGUGACUACUAAAUUAAAAUCUCUGUAGGAGAGGAAUGGGAAAUGAUGCAGAACAGCAGUGGCAUUGGAAGAAAAGGCUCAUCUGAAGACCAGGAAACUGAUUUGAAUUGGCAAGGCAACCCAAAUCCCAGUCUGCUGAUUAAAGAUGAUGGAGAGCUGCUUAUGGAUGAACAUCUUUCCCCCAGGAAACUGAAAAUUUUGGCAGGGGUAGAUGAUCUGCAGCAAGUGAAGGCCCUAGAGAUGCGAGUAGACACCAGAGAGAUCAGCUUGGGGAACUUUGGUGUGCAUCUGCCUAAUCUGAGAGAACUGAAGUUGAACAAUAGCUUGCUUGUAUCUGUGAGGGAUCUUGGAACAUCAUUGUCCCAUCUCCGUGUCCUGUGGAUGGCUCGGUGUGGGCUGUCAGAUUUAGAUGGGAUCUCUUCCUGCAGCUCUCUAAAAGAACUCUACAUUGCUUACAACAAUAUCUCUGACCUGAGCCAGCUGACCUGGCUGGAUCACCUGGAAGUUUUGGACCUGGAAGGGAACAAUAUUGAGGACAUCAACCAGGUGCAGUACCUGAGACUUUGUUGCAAGCUAAGCCACCUGACAGUGGAAGGCAACCUUAUUUGCCUGAAGCCAAAUGCAGAAUCUGCAGAGGAUCCAGACUAUAAUUACAGAGCAGAAGUAAAAAAACUCAUUCCCCAUUUGAAGUAUUUGGAUGGGAUACCAGCAAGCCAGACUACUCUCCUUCCUUCCAAGAAGGUGCAUGAAGAUUCUCUAAUCAUCAAGGAAUCCAUCAAGGAAGGUGGUUUAGCCAAAGACAUUUCAUGGUUAGGUCCAUAUCUUGGAGAAGUAGCAAAGCAGUCCGAAUGCAGCCCAAAAGCCCCAACAACUUCCAGACCUGGAAAUGCACAGUGUUCUGCUAGUGCAGGGACUUCUAGUGAUGCCAGCCUCUUGGGCGGUGGCUGUCCUCUUCCAGAUCCCACUGUUUUUCCUGAUAAGCUGUUCUCAAAAGAUGACUCCAGUGAUUUGACACAUGGACUCCGUCAGGUUAUAUGUGGGAACCCUGCCAAGGCCCUCCAUGUGAGGAGGCAAAAGCUAGGUCCACCUGCUGUGAGCCCUUUGAAACUGUCUGGUCUGACGACAGAAAACCUUUGUGGCUCUGGAGGAGGAAGAGAUCUGCACCAGGAAAAGGUGUCCUCUGACCUGGGAGCAUGGACAGAGCAGCACAAGGGGUGCCUGCAAACAGGUCAGCAAGGACAAGCCAGCCAAGCACUGAAGGUGAAUAAAGGUGAAGACUGGAGCCCGACUGACAGCUUAGAAAAUGAGUUGAGGGAGGCCUGUGAUGAGGACCUCAUUGAAAGGAUUUCACUUGACUCUUCUUCCCACUCCUCCUCAGGUUCAUCACAGGCUCAGGAGGGUGCAGUGUUCUCCAACACAAAACGUUAUCUAAUUCCAUCCCCUCCAAAAAACCCUUCACCUGCCUCUGCAGUGGAUGUUGCAGCAAGACCCUGGAAAACAAGGAAUCAUAGGGGCAUAAAAAUACCCAGCCAAGAGGAGGACAGACAGUGUACACAGAAAUACCAGUCAAAGGCUCAUGAAGAGAAUUCAGCCCAGCCUCUGGACAAAGAACCUGCUCUCCUGGGCCUCCACAGCACGAUGGCUGCCUCUGGAUCCCAAGGGCACUGCCAGCCUGUGGGCUGCACCAGCCAGCCAAGGCCCAUUCCAGGACCAGCAGCUGUUGGGUCACCAAGGAUCAGGCCCAUCAUGGAUGAGAGCCCUUCUAAAGAGAUCAACCACCAGCAUCCAGCUGCCUGCUCAUCCACAAAAGCCUUGCAGAGGUUCAGGCCAAUGAAUUCUGUUUGGCCCCUGACUGCCAGGUCCAUUCUACAGUCAUUGCCACACAAAUCCAGUGCCACAAAAACAUCUCAGAACAGAAGUCCUCAGUCCUAGAAGGUACCCAGUUGCCAGCAUGUGUUGGAGCCAUGUACACGGUGCAGCCGUGAAGGAUCAAUGCUAACUUGCAGCUUCUUCUGCAAGCUAAACACAGAGCAGUUCAAACAAUUAAUGUGAUUUGCCUCAAUUCAGGAUACAGCUGGUCCAGAAAUAUUUUAAGAGCAACCACUGAUCAACCAAUGAGCUAUAAUGAAUGUCUUAUUACAGAAAAAUGUGGUUAUUUUUGCAACCUAUACACACUAAAACAGAACAAAUCCUAUCAUACUUCCUCUCAUCCACACCAUGCCCAGCUCUGUGAGUCAGGCAGGGACACCAAACAGAGCAGAGCAUGGAGCCUGCUGUCUGUGGAGAGGGCUGGAGGAUGUGACCUACCAGCAGCCAGCAGUGUGCCUUUUGCAGUCCUGGAUGUUAAACAUGCAAGGGCCAAAACCAAGGGCUUGAGAGGAAGUGUUGACCAGAGCAGGUUCUAAGGGAGGGGUUGCUGUGUUGCCUGAGGAAAACCUCAGAAAGGCUGGGUGGUUCAAGAGUUUAUGCUCCCACAGGAGCUCACCCUAUUCACAGGCAUUGGAGGUUCUUGUAGGAUGCAUUGCUAUGGGAGCAAAUGCUGAACAAGUGGCUUAUCCCAAUAUUAACAUGUUUGUUUGCUCCAUAGCUACCUGGAAGGAUUUGUCUCACUUCCUCUGAAUAGACAUGCAUUCCACAAUUUCUCUAGCAGAGCUGACUUCUGUCACCAGGUGUCAGAGCAUCCUCUGCAUGUGCCUUUCACCUCCAUCCCAUUUCUAGCAUUCUCAGAUCAAAUAGACUUUCCAAUUUGUUAUAAUUGGAUAAUUUUAAGUGAUGAUGCAGCAAAGCAGGGAAGUAAGGGAAUAAUCUCUUUUUUUUUCA